CAGAGAUGCCUAAGAAAUCAUGUUAUGAUUUAUGAAAUGUAAUUGCAGCAACCUUUUCCUGGCAAUUUAAUCACACAGUUCAUUGUCCGAGUUUGUUAAUUUCUUUUGCAUUUUUGGACUGAUCUUUCAUUAAGUCAUGGCUCGACCAAAAGAGAGAAUAAAACCUCCUGCACCUCCUCACAGUGCAGCAUUUGUGGAGAAAUCCAUCAAAGAAAAAGAACAUCUGCAAGUGUGCAUUGCUGAACGCUUGAAAGAUGACAUACUUAGACUGUUCACAGAGGAGCUCCAUCCCGACCUGACUGUUGUGACUGGGACACAGCGUUUUAAAGCUCACUCAGUGAUGAUCUACGCCAGAGCUGGAAACUAUUUUAGCCUGCCCGAUACAUCAGCAACCACUGACAGCCGUGUGUUGACGAUAUGUGGAAUACACGGACAGGAUGGUGACAGCUUUCUCAAGUAA